UCCCCAUUCAGCUAGAUUGUUUGAAUUGUAGACGGUAAGACUAGUGACACAAAGAAGACGUUAAAUAUCGCCGUCCUGUGUUUUCCGGACCGUACCGGGGAUACCUUCAUGAACUGAUAUGUAGAUGAAUGUCACCAUGGCUUUCCCUGGAGGAACCAGUCUAGGACCAGGUUUCAUAGGCCCGUCUUCAAAUGGACUACCCCUUCUCACGUCUACUGAUACCAUGGGACAGUUCACAGGCCUGGGCUUGGGUCUUGGCCAACCGUCUGGAUUGGGCCUGAGCCAGGGCCUGGACCAGAGACCCGUUACUCACUUGAACCAGGAGACGGAACUGCAGAAGAUGUUGACUGAUGAGAGGAUGAGAGGAGAGAUGCACAAGACAAAUUAUCAGAUGAUCAAGGCUGAACACACAAAAUUACAGGAUGAAAAUAGCAGAUUGCAGAGGGAACUUGAGCAAGUUACAGCAGAUUGUCAGGUCAUGGAGGAAAGGCUUCAGGAAGGAGUCAACAAAAUCAACAGGGAAUUGGCAAUCAAAUGUGCUGAACUUGAAGAAUUCAGGGCACAGGCUCUAACACUAGACAAGUUGGAGCUGAUCAAACUGAAAAUAGCUGAAGAUCUUGAGCAGCCAUUUCGAGAACGUUUUACCCAGCUGGAACAAGAUGUGGAGCAUUACAGGACUGAAUUUAACAAGCUGCGUUAUGAAAAUUCAUUCAUUAAGUCAGAGUAUGAACACGAGCAGGCAGAGCAUAAGAGAGUUGUGGAGGAGAUUAAAAUGCAGUAUGAAACAGAGAUAAAAAAUCUUCAUAGGGAUAAAGAGGCCAUAGUAGCCAAGUACAGUCAGGAGAACUCACAUGACAGUGACAAGGUCCGUACUCUAUACAGGGACAAUGCACAACUCAACCUCAAGGUCAAGGGCCUGCUAACAGAGUUAGAUGAGAUACGAGCCCAACGAGAGCAAUCUGGUCUACAGUCGGACCAUGUAUCAAGGUUACAAGCUAGACAACUAUCUGAACAUGCUACUAACAUCAAGGCGCUUCAGAGUGAGAAGGAGUCACUUCAGCUCCACAUGGAGCAGCUCACCAAGGAGCUUGGGCUCUCUCAGGACACCCAUCGGAGUCUAACUACAAAGACCCACGACCUGGAGAAACAGAACAUGGAGCUACGCAGUCGCAUGGAGGAGACCCUGCACCGAAAUAAGAUGGAGAUCACUGAUCUUAAGAUGGCCGCUAUGAAGACAGGGGGAGAGUUGGAGAGGGAGAAAGACGGUCUUGUCAAUGAAUUGGAAGGUUUGAAAGCCAAGCACGAGGUGUUAGAGAAGUCCCUGGAUGCCCAGACCAAUGCCGUUGCUGACAAGGAGAGGGAGGUGGCUAGGAAGGUACAGUCAGUUCGAGAAGAAGAAUGGGAGAGGAUCAACAAGCUAGAAGGAGAAAAGUUGGAAUUGGAGGGUCGUCUGCAGGAAUUUGAGAGGCUAAAGAUAGACGAGGAAUCCCAGAGAUAUGCAGACAAAGAAAACGGACAAGAAAGAAUCAGAGAAGCUGAGAAACGAUGUGAACAAGCUGAAAGAGACCUGCAGCUUAUAAAAACAAAAUUAGAGCAUCAUAAUACAUCGUUGAAAGAUCUGGAACACGAGCAAACCAUCAGCACACAGCUGAGGGAGAAGUGCACAAGGCUGAAGGCUGAGCUACAGGAUACACAUGCAGCAGAACAAGAACUCCUGAUGGAAAAUGAUAAUAUCAAAGCAUCUUUGGAGAUGUAUCAGAAUGAGUUAGUCUUGGCCAAGGCUGCGAUGGAAAAAGAGUCAGAGCUGUCCAAUCAGAGGCUGUCCCAGCACAAGAUGACAUGGCUAGAUGAGAAGACACAGCUGGAACGAAGACUAGAUGAGCGGGAAGGCCAGGCAAGGCAAGCUCACAAGCAGAGGGAUGAUACAACCAAUGCACAUGCAAAGAGAAAGCAGAAGUAUCAGAAAGUGGUCAACAAGCUUCAAGAUAAAAUGCAACUUCUGGAGGCCAAAAAUGAGCAACUAGAAUUGGAGAAACAAGCAUUGAAGAAUCAGAUACCCAAAGAGACGUACACCAAGGCAGUAAGAAAGUUAAGGGAACUCCAGCGCAGGCACAAUGAAUUCCGGAACGUACUGAGUUCAGCCAACGUGUCUCAGGUACCCUUGGGAGGGGUCUCUUUCAUGACUCCGUCUAUGACACAGCCCUUGGAUGCAUCUAGUCCAUUUAAAACAACACAGCCAAUCCGGUUUCAAAUUCCACAAAUCCAAAUACAUCCAGUAUCGACCAACAAGAUGGGGCACCAUCAUGAUCUCUCGGUGAUCCGUAGCCGCCUUGAGGAGCUUAGUGACAACCAGAGGCUACAGAUGGAUGCCCUGCUGGGGGGAGUAGGGGGAGGGGGUGGAGGGAUGGGGAGUGUACCCCUUACAGCUAGAUCUGAGAUGGACAAGGAGAAUGAGGACCGCGCCCUAUCCCCAGAAGGGAGUGGCAUGGAUGUCCUUGAUCUUUAGUGACAACCAGAGGCUACAGAUGGAUGCCCUGCUGGGGGGAGGGGGAGGAGGAGGAGGAGGAGGGGGUGGAGGGAUGGGGAGUGUACCCCUUACAGCUAGAUCUGAGAUGGACAAGGAGAAUGAGGACCGCGCCCUAUCCCCAGAAGGGAGUGGCAUGGAUGUCCUUGAUCUUUAGUGACAACCAGAGGCUACAGAUGGAUGCCCUGCCUGGGGGAGUAGGAGGAGGAGGGGGUGGAGGGAUGGGGAGUGUACCCCUUACAGCUAGAUCUGAGAUGGACAAUGAGAAUGAGGACCGCGCCCUAUCCCCAGAAGGGAGUGGCAUGGAUGUCCUUGAUCUUUAGAUGCAAUGUCCAAACUUUGAAGAAAAAGGAAGCUUAAUGAUAGUAUGGAGUGCCCUCGUGAAAAAUAGCAUAAGGCACAACACUUGAACUUUUAAAUUCAAUCACCUUGAUUUAUCAAAUGAAUUU